UUUGUUUCACCGUAUUUUACGUUUCCCUUCCCACUCUUCUCUCCCUUUUCCCCUUCUCUUUUCUUCUUUUCUAAAACUGCGUCUAAAUUCUAAAAAUAACGAAACCUUGAUCUAAUCUAAAACUAGAGCAUUCAUUCUCUUUAAGUCGCCACCGCUGGAGCUAAACAAAAGCAAGUCGGCGAAGAAGUCAGGCGACGUGGCUGCCACAUGAAGGUCCUGCUUUGUUAGUUGAUGUUCCAAGGGAUAAGAACAUAACUGGUGUGACUGGUUGAUGGUUGUAAAAUAACACAAGGACUUCUUGAGAAAAUAAGACUAAGCUAAUUGUUGGAAAUCAUGAAGAAGUAUGGCUUGCAACUCAGGGUUCAGCCUUCACAACAGAAGAAACAGCCCACAAAACCUCCUUUGCCACCGCCUCUUGGUUUUAGUCAAGAUGAUGAUGAUGAUGAUGAUGUUGAGAGAGAAAUUUCUCGCCAUGCUAGCAAGAACAAGUCUCUUAGAGAGAUUGAGGAGCAGCAAAAGAAAGCGUUGGAAGAAGAUCCAUCAGUCUUUGAUUAUGAUGGUGUUUAUGAUGAAAUGAAGGAGAAGAGCUUUCGUCACAAAGUGCAGGAUCGUCAAGACACGAAGCCAAAAUAUAUUCAGAAAUUGAUUCAGAAAGCAGAGGAGAGAAAAAGGGAACAUGAUAUAAUUUAUGAAAGAAAACUUACUAAAGAGAGGAGCAAAGAAGACCAUCUUUAUGAAGACAAGGAUAAAUUUGUUACUAGUGCUUAUAGAAAGAAACUUGAAGAACAGAAGAAAUGGGAGGCAGAACAACGUUUGCGUGAUCUUCGAGAUGAGAAAGACGCUGUUACCAAGAAGAGUGAUUUGAGUGAUUUUUACUUCAACCUUGGAAAGAAUGUUGCCUUUGGUGCGGAAGAUGCCAAGUCAAGGAAAGUUAACAGGCAGGCUGAAGUAAGGAAUUUGGAGCCUGAGAAAGAUCAUUCCCCAACCCAUUCCAACUCUAAACAACAAGAUAUUCGAGCUGCUGAGCCUUCCAGGAUAAAAGAAGGGCAUCAGGCUGAAACUUCAGUUCCUCCAAAAAGCUUGGAGUCUUUGGCUUCAAAGCCAGUCUCUGAUGUGCCAAUUUCAGUCCAAGAUGAUUCUUCUAAUGAACAACCAUCAGCUGAUGAACCAAAGCGCGACCAUCACAAAAGGAGUGAGGAUGCAUUGGCUGCUGCUAAAGAACGUUUUUUAGCGCGGAAGAGGAUGAAGGAACAAUAGUUGCUUGUUCUUUCUUUUAUGUAUCUGGUCAUAUGUUUUUUUUUAAUCAUGCGAACUACCUUGUUACCACAAAAAAUAGGCAAGAAAGGAGGAUAGGUUGAGAAUAUUUUUUUCACAAAGUCUGAAGCCGUUAAUCAUAUAAUGGUAAUGAGUUUUUUGUUAA